AGGUAAAGUUGGUUUGUGCGCAUGCGUUAGCGAGGUUGGUUAGCCGUUUGUCUCCAAGGCUUUUCUAGUUAUUUCAGCAAGACGGGAGACGCGACGUUGUCUGGGUUUAUAGUUUUAAGUCCAAAUAACUCUGUAAAAAUAAAACAUCUUAUUGGUUAGAGAACACACCGUGGAUGUGAGCGGACACAACGAAGCAAGCGCUGGUGCUCGGUCUGUGGGGACACCAUUUUAUGAUUGUCAGUGCAUCUGACACACAAGGAUCCAGUCGUCCCGCUAGCUUAAUUUAGCCCGCUGAACAACACAGUCUGCGUCGUGGAUGGGUUCACCGCCCCAAGUACUACUGGAACAAACGGUGACCGGUGCUUCUCGAACAACAUGGACACUGCCGAAGAAGCGGAUAUUUGCCGCGUGUGUCGCUCUGAGGGAUCCCCAGACAAGCCCUUGUACCACCCCUGUGUCUGCACUGGCAGCAUUAAGUUUAUCCAUCAGGAAUGUUUGGUCCAGUGGCUGAAGCAUAGCAGGAAGGAGUACUGUGAACUAUGCAAGCACAGAUUUGCUUUCACCCCAAUCUACUCCCCAGACAUGCCCUCACGGCUGCCCAUACAGGACAUCUGUGCCGGCCUGCUGACAAGUGUGGGCACAGCCAUCCGCUACUGGUUCCAUUAUACACUGGUGGCUUUUGCAUGGCUUGGGGUGGUUCCUCUCACUGCAUGUCGCAUUUACAAGUGUCUGUUUACCGGCUCUGUGAGCUCACUUUUGACACUGCCCUUGGACAUGCUGUCUACAGAGAACCUGCUUGCAGAUUGUCUACAGGGCUGCUUCGUAGUCACCUGCACCCUGUGUGCGUUCAUAAGUCUUGUGUGGCUCAGAGAACAGAUAGUCCAUGGUGGUGCUCCCCAGUGGUUAGAGCAGCACCAACCACCACCACCCAAUGCAGCUGGACAAGCCAACGAGGCACAAGCUGCAGGUCAUGGGGCAGCUGAAGAGCCACCUGCAGCCCAGCCAGCUCCUGCUGAUCCUCCAGCCCAGAAUGAAGCAGAACCGGAGCCUCCUGAUGCCCCCCUGGACCAGGGUGACGAUGCAGAGCUGGAAGAGGAGGAGGGAGCAGCUGCUGAAGAUGCAGACCCCAACAAUGGAGCACAAGAUGACAUGAAUUGGAACGUGCUGGAGUGGGAUCGAGCAGCUGAGGAGCUGACAUGGGAAAGGAUGCUUGGCUUGGAUGGUUCACUCGUAUUUUUGGAACAUGUUUUUUGGGUUGUGUCAUUAAACACACUUUUCAUCCUGGUCUUUGCAUUUUGUCCCUACCACAUUGGGCACUUCUCUGUCGUUGGUCUGGGCUUUGAGGAAUAUGUUCAAGCCUCACACUUUGAGGGUUUAAUUACAACGAUUGUGGGGUACAUACUUUUGGCCAUGACACUCAUUCUCUGCCAUGGACUGGCUGCCCUGGUCAGAUUCCAGCGCUCCAGACGUCUCCUGGGCGUCUGCUACAUUGUUGUUAAGGUCUCUCUACUGGUUGUUGUGGAAAUUGGAGUGUUUCCACUCAUCUGUGGCUGGUGGCUGGACAUCUGCUCUUUAGAGAUGUUUGAUGCUUCACUUAAAGACAGAGAGUUGAGUUUUAAAUCAGCCCCCGGCACCACCAUGUUCCUGCACUGGCUUGUGGGAAUGGUUUAUGUCUUCUACUUUGCUUCUUUCAUCCUCCUGCUGAGAGAGGUGCUGAGGCCAGGAGUGCUUUGGUUUCUGAGAAACCUCAACGACCCAGAUUUUAACCCGGUGCAGGAGAUGAUUCACCUUCCCAUCUACAGACACCUGCGGCGGUUCAUCCUGUCUGUGGUGGUGUUUGGCUCUAUUGUGUUGCUCAUGCUGUGGUUGCCCAUCAGGCUGAUUAAACUACUGCUACCCACCUUCCUCCCAUACAAUGUCAUGCUGUACAGUGAUGCUCCAGUCAGUGAGUUGUCUUUGGAGUUACUGUUACUUCAGGUUGUGCUGCCAGCUUUGCUGGAACAGGGGCACACUCGCCAGUGGCUCAAAGGCCUCGUCAGAGCCUGGACUGUCAGUGCUGGAUAUUUACUAGACCUUCACUCCUAUCUACUCGGAGAGCAGGAAGACAAUGACGCGAACCAACCUGUGAACAACAACAACAACAAUAAUCCUCCACCUGGUCACCAUAACAACAAUAACAAUCCUCCUCCAGUGGUUGGUGAAGGCCUGCAUGCAGCCCACCAGGCCAUCCUGCAGCAAGGGGGACCAGUGGGUUUCCAGCCUUACCACCGACCGCUUCGGUUCCCAUUCAGAAUUGUGUUGCUGAUAGCUUUCAUGUGUAUCACCCUGCUCUUGGCCAGUCUGGUGUGUCUAACCUUACCAGUGUUCACUGGCCGCUGGCUGAUGUCCUUCUGGACAGGAAACUCUAAAAUCCAUGAGCUGUACACAGCGGCAUGUGGCCUGUAUGUUUGCUGGCUGUCUAUUCGUGGGGUCACUGUGCUGCUGGCCUGGAUGCCUCAGGGCCGCACUGUAAUUUUACGCAAAGUCCAAGAGUGGACAUUCAUGAUCCUGAAGACCCUGGUUGUAGCUCUGCUGGUUGCUGGAGUCAUACCUCUGCUCCUGGGGCUGCUAUUUGAACUAGUCAUCGUCGCUCCACUUAGGGUACCGCUGGACCAAACGCCCCUCUUCUACCCCUGGCAGGACUGGGCUCUUGGAGUACUUCAUGCCAAAAUCAUUGCUGCUAUCACGCUCAUGGGCCCUCAGUGGUGGCUCAAGACUGUUAUUGAGCAGGUUUAUGCAAAUGGAAUUCGCAACAUCGACCUCCACUUCAUCAUCCGCAAACUGGCGGCUCCAGUCAUCUCUGUCCUGCUGCUGUCUUUGUGUGUGCCGUAUGUGAUCGCUGCCGGUGUGGUGCCUGCUGUUGGAGUGACUCCAGAGAUGGAGAUUCUAAUGCAGAGGAGAAUCUACCCAUUUUUCUUGAUGGUGGUCUCGCUUAUUGGCAUCCUGUCCUUCCAGAUCCGACAGUUUAAGCGUCUUUAUGAACACAUCAAGAAUGACAAGUACCUGGUUGGCCAGAGACUCGUCAACUACGAGCGUAAAUCUGGAAGGUCAAGCUCAGUCCCCCCCACCAACCCCACUGCGGAGUAGAGUUUUAUGUCACAGGCUCCCACAUUUUUGCACCGGUUACUCUGUGUACACCCCCAGCCCUUAACCCACCCUUUACCCUUUUUUUGAUUUUCACUUUAUCCUUUGGACCAUAAUCCCUUUGAAUCUCCUGUGGACCUUGGUUUAUUUGAUGAUUGUUGUUGGAGUUCCUGGAUUCCCUUUCCCGCCCCUAAACGUUGGGGUGAGGAAAUGUAUUAUAAUUAUGGGACAGCUGAGUAAUCCCCUCAGACAAACAGCAUAGGCAUGAGGGUGAGGGUUACAGGUUUUAUUUAAAGCAUCUGUACUGUCUUCCAUGCCUUGCUUUGUAAAGUACUGCCUGAUAAUUGUACAUGUGUAAAUACUUGGAGCGCAGACUGUGUCUUAAAGACAGAUGAAUUAAUGCAAUGACCAUUGUACAUCUUAAAAGUUUAUGUAUAAUUUAUUAAAUCAAAUUGACAAUU